AUGCCAAGUCAAGCGGGUAUCAAGGACGUCAUGGACAGAAGAGUAAAGUUCCCACACGACUUGGUGUUUCACGACAUGGUUAAAGAUGGCGAUCCGUCGGAAAUGUGCCAGUUUUUGAAACGGCCCAGCGUCGACACAAAGAUGCUAGUGAACGCAGAAGAGGGUCAAAGUAACCCUGCUUUCCAUCAGCUUGUUAAGGACGGGAACUUAAAAUGCGUCCGAAUGCUUGUAACACUGGGUGCAGACGUGAACAUGCAAGAUGAGGAUGGGUGUACCUCGCUACAUCACAGCGUACAGGCCGGUAACGUUGCUGUUACAAAGUUUUUACUUCGCAGCGGCGCGAAUCCUGAUAUAAGCAACGCUGACGGUGCGUUUCCCGUCGAUUUAACAGAUGACUUUGACUUGAUUGAAAUGCUCGUCAAGUAUUCUCCAGAAGAACGGAGGAAAAGCAUGGCAGCAACAAAUAAGGCGUAA